AUGUUUGGCUUUAAUUUGUUCAAUGGCGUGUUGACAGUUUUUCUAUUUGCGCAAGCGUACCAUUCCGUGCACAUAACGAACCUGAACGUACCGAAGACGUACGUUCUCGAUCGGGACACUUACGCUGCGGUUGCACCUUCCACCACCACCACCAUCACCAGCAGUUGGCAGCCGAUGACGUCGAGCACAUUGCCUGGCGGUCCGGUCGUUUUGGCGGAUCCGAGCGGGACGGGCGGGGGCUCCACGACCCCUGCCACGGCGAGCCUCGACGGCCAAAAGCCCCUCAUCAUGGACUGUCAGUACGAGAUUAAGGCCCGCGAGUGUGGUUUCGUGCUCAAGUGGUACUUCAACAAGAAGCUCAUCUACCAAUGGAUACCAUCCCGGACGCCGGUCGGCAUGAACCAGUUCAAGAACGAACUGCAAACCAACUAUUCGAUGUCCGACUCCGUCAACUACAAGUAUCGUGCCUUGGUGAUACGCAACCCGAAGCUCAACCACAGUGGCGAAUACGUCUGCUCUGUGCAGACUUACGACUCCUUCGACCGGCGUGCGGCACGGUUCCAGAUUGUCGUGCCGGAAAAGAUGCUUCUGCUCCACUACGAAAAUGAUGGCGACAGCGACAGCAGCAUGCUGCUGAUCAAGUGCAGUGUCUUCAUGAUCUACCCGGAACCGAACCUUUUGCUGAUCGUCAGUGGAAAUCUGUUUCUGGUCAGCUCGCGUACGCUGGUCACCGCCGACCGGAACCACAUGUACAAUAAGACCGUUUACGGUAAAAUCGAUAAACAUUUGCUCAUCUCGCCGACAUCAAUCAGUUGUGUGCUGUCCGUGCCAGACUCCGGUUACAUUCGCAAACGCGAAACCAUCUAUUACGACCCCACACCUCUCACCAAGUGGAGCCGGCUGCGGAUGGACGAACGGGGCCGAUUCCAGCUGUUGUCCGGUGACGGUGCAGGUCAAUUAAAUCCACUUGCCGGUUGGAUGAUUAGUUUAAUUGUGUUUCUACAGCGCUACAGUAUCUGCAAACACGGUAUAGAUUCAAUAAAAUAA